GUGUGUGUGCGCGCGCGCGUCCCAGGCGCCCCGGGUUUCGCGGCGGGGGAACCGGCCCGCCAUGGCCCUGACGUCCCAGCCCCGGGCGGGGCGCUACCCCGGCUGGCGUCUGCAGGAACUGCGGUAGACGAGCGAGCGCCGCGUGUGGAUCGCCUUCCCUCCAGGUGCCCACCUGGGGUCAGGCCCGGUCACGAGAUGCCACGUGUGGCCCUGGACCCGACGCUCGGGACGCCGUAGGCCGAGGCCGAUCGGGGAAAAGACUUUUGCCAACCAUGGCAUCUGGAGACGACAGUCCCAUCUUUGAAGAUGACGAAAGCAUGGAAAAAAUGACAGAUCUUGUAGCUGUCUGGGAUGUGGCCUUGAGCGAUGGAAUCCACAAGAUUGAAUUUGAACACGGGACCACAUCAGGAAAGCGAGUAGUGUACGUAGACGGGAAGGAAAAGAUAAGAAAAGAAUGGAUGUUUAAACUGGUGGGCAAAGAAACAUUCACAGUUGGAGCUGCAGAGACCAAAGCCACCAUAAACAUUGAUGCCGUCUCUGGCUUUGCUUAUGAAUAUACCCUAGAAAUUAACGGGAAGAGCCUCAAGAAGUACAUGGAGAGCAGAUCCAAGACCACCAACACGUGGGUGCUGCACUUAGAUGGCCAGGACUUCCGAGUUGUCCUGGAAAAAGACACUAUGGACGUUUGGUGCAACGGAAAACAAAUGGAAACAGCAGGCGAGUUUGUGGACGAUGGGACAGAAACACACUUCAGCCUUGGGAAGUACGACUGUUACAUAAAGGCGGUGAGCAGCGGGAAGCGAAGAGAGGGCAUUGUCCACACCCUCGUGGUGGACAACAGAGAAAUCCCAGAGACUCCCGAGUGAUUUCUCUUCAUACACUGUAGUCCGAAGAAGUCAAGAUCAGAACUUUUUAAUGACUGGUAAUUAAAUAUGUUCCACAGGUAACUUCUCGGUACAUUUAGUCUGCUACGUUGGUUUGUUUUUUUUCAAGUCAUUUGAAACUAAUAUUCCAAGGGUCAGGGGAGAAAAAUUAUGUGCGACCAUAAUAGCCAUUGCAGUUUAUUUUUUAAAUAAUGUAAAAUGCUUUAGAGCCAAAUGGAAAAUAAGGCAGACCACAAUCAUUAGUGGUUCACUAACAGUAAAUUGUAAUAAACUGUGAAAUAAAAUUGGCGACUGGA